GUCUUGCAACUGACGUGUCUAAAACCGUUUUAGUGGAGAUAGCUAGAAUUGGGAGGACAUUUUUCAUCAGAUAGUGUAUAUCUGAUUAUAUUUCCUUCUGGAGGUGGAAGGCACUUAAAAAGAAUCCUCGGCUCACAUAUUUAUUGCGGUGUUUUUUUUCCCCCGUUUCAGGUUUUUGUUAGUGUUUCUUUUCUUUUCUUUACCUUGGUAUAUUAUCUCGUGUACGUGGUGGCAAGAUGCUGGAUUUCUUCACGAUCUUCAGUAAGGGAGGCAUAGUGUUGUGGUGUUUUCAGGGAACCGGUGUUACUGAAUCCUUCACCGGGCCUGUCAACGCGCUGAUCCGCUCCGUGAUCCUUCAGGUGAGAAAUGCUUUAAAAUCAAGGGACACCUGUCAUGUUUCCGUGCCGCCUAACCGUGUGUAUGGUCUGUUUUUCAGCAUGCGCCAGAAUGUCGCCACUUCGUCAACAAGCUGGCUAGUUAAUUUAGCUAGGUAGCUUUCGUAGAUACACAUCAUGCAAAUUUAUAAUUUGUCUAAACUAAAUAUGAUUUAUGUUUUGGUAAAGUUAGCACACUUGUUAGCUAGCUACCUAAUGCUAGGAGUGAUCUAGCUAGAAUAUGGUUGCGUAAUACAGAAAUGGGGGAUUUGGGAACUGGGGUUUACACGCGCACAGGUUAUUUUGUCAGCCACAUCACAAUCGCACAGUCUAGUGGGAUUAUCACAAAAUGUAAGGCUAUUACUACGUAGCUAGUUUAUACUGAACAUAAAUAUAAACGCAACAUUAAACAGUUUCAAAGAUCAUCCUGAAUUACAGUUCAUGUAACGAAAUCUGUCAAUUGAAAUAAUAAUAAUAUAAUAUGCCAUUUAGCAGACGCUUUUAUCCAAAGCGAUUUACAGUCAUGUGUGCAUACAUUUUUACGUAUGGGUGGUCCCGGGGAUCGAACCCACUACCCUGGCGUUACAAGCGCCAUGCUCUACCAAUUGAGCUACAAUGGACCAAUAAAUUCAUUAGGCCCUAAUCUAUGGAUUCCACAUGACUGGGAAUACAUCUGUUGAUCCCAGAUACUUUUUUUAAAAAGGUAGUGGCUUGGUCUGGAUUUUUAAAAAACUGUCAGUAUCUGGUGUGACCACCAUUUGCCUCAUGCAGCGCUACAUCUCCUUCACAUUGAGUUGAUCAGGCUGUUGAUUGUGUGGUGCGAAGUUGCUGGAUUUUUUUUGCGGGAACUGGAACACGCUGUCGUACACGUCGAUCCAGAGCAUACCAAACAUGCUCAAUGGGUGACAUGUCUGGUGAGUAUACAGGCCAUGGAAGAACUGGGACAUUUUCAGCUUCCAGGAAUUGUGUACAGAUCCUUGUGACAUGGGGCUGUGCGUUAUCAUGCUGAAACAUUAGGUGAUGGCAGCGGAUGAAUGGCACGACAAUGGGCCUCAGAAUCUCGUCGCGGUAUCUCUGUGCAUUCAAAUUGCCAUCGAUAAAAUGCAAUUGUGUUUGUUGCCGUAGUUUAUGCCUGCCCAUACCAUAACCUCACUGUCACCACGGGGCACUUUGUUCACAACGUUGACAUCAGCAAACUGCUCGCCCACACAACGCCAUACACGUGGUCUGCGGUUGUGAGGCCGGUUGGACAUACUACUAAAUUCUCUAAAAUGACGUUGGAGGUAGAGAAAUUAACAUUAAGUUCUCUGGCAACAGCUCUGAUGGACAUUCCUGCGCUCAGCAUGCCAAUUGCACUCAAAACUUGAGACAUCUGUGGCAUUGUGUUGUGUGACACAAGUGGCCUUUUAUUGUCCCCAGCACAAGAUGCACCUGUUUAAUCCGUUUCUUGAUAUGCCACACCUCUUAGGUGGAUGGAUUAUGUUGGCAAAGGAGAAAUGCUCAUCUAACAGGGAUGUAAACAAAUUUGUGCCAAACAUUUGAGAGAAAUAAGCUUUUUGUGCGUAUGGAACAUUUCUGGGAUCUUUUAUUUCAGCUCAUGAAACAUUGGACCAACACUUUACAUGUUGCAUUUAUAUUUUUGUUCAGUGUAGAACAUAUGUUCAAGAGAAAUAUUACAUUUCAGUGAUAAAACCUCUGAUCUGUGUUACAGUAUUGAGUAGCCUAAUAUUAAUGCUUCUCUGAUUUUGUUUCAGGAACGCAGUGGCAACAACUCCUAUACUCAUGACGCCUUGAGUCUUAAGUACAAACUCGAUAAUGAGUUUGAGCUGGUUUUUGUGGUAAGUUUCACAUAGUAAAUGUGAUUAUAAUGUACUGUAGUUCUAUUUCCUGAAGGAAAAGACCAUACUAGCAUACAGCAGUGUUUGCUUCUUAUGCAGUCUUAUGGUGUGGACUCCAAACUGACCAUGUUUCUCUUCCUUUUUUUUUUUUUUUUUUUAUUUUUUACAGGUGGGUUUUCAAAAAAUCCUGUCGCUGACGUAUGUUGACAAGUUCAUAGAUGACGUACAGCUCCACUUCAGGGAUCGCUAUAAGAAUGAGCUGGAGCAAAAGGGGGCCCUUACACUGUUGAACAGCCAUUUUGCGUUUGAGGAUGACUUCAAAAUGCUUCUUCGGUAAGCAGUGCCACAUCUUAGGGCUGAUAAGGGUGCAUAAAGAGAUAAGAUUCUACUUUCAAACUAAUUUGCUGAAUCUCACACACAACCAGCUGUUGAGUUGUCAACCCACAGGUCUACAAGGACCUGUACACUACUUGUACAAAAUAUAAUUUCACAAUACUUCAAGUCAAAUGCUAUAUGCUUUGAUUCUAAUGUUACUGUCCUGUUGUGCUCUAGUGAGGCAGAGGAGAGCAGCAAAGCUCGAGGUCCCACCUCCAUGAGGAGCUUCAAUGCUUCCCUGAAAUCCCAGAAAACUGUGAAGUCCAUGAUUGAGACGAAGGGAGGGGAUAAGGGCAAGGAACAGGGUGGCAAGAAGAAUAAGAAUGCCAAAAAAGAGGGUAAGGAUUUGACGUGAUUAUUAUGGAGGUUUUGUUGGAAUACAAGCACUUUGUAAUGGUUCUUCCUUACACAAUUUCUGUUUUGAAACCAGUCCCAAAAAAUUUUUUUCUUCAUGUUUUAAUUUCAUGGGGAUAUUGAUAAUGUUUUGUAUGGCUGGGGUUAGUUUCUGAUAUCUUCCCCCUAGCUCCUACUGCUGAGCCUGUGAAAGGGGAACAAGCCAAGGCUCCGGCCAGUGCCCAGAAGACAGUGGAGAACGGUAACCAGGGCUUGACCCAGGAGGAGAUCAUUCAGAAGAAGAGAGAGGAGUUUAUACGCAAGCGCAUGGGGGCACCUGCAGAGAAGCCCAGGUGAGUGGGGGGGAAGAAUGGAACACAAUGUGGUUAAAGUUUUCAUUCGGAAUGUUACUGACAGUUGUUUCAGUACUGAAAGUCACAUUGUCUCUUGCCUUCCAGUAAAUCCCCCAAGCCUGCGAAGGAGAAACCCAAGGGGAAAGAGAAGCGGGUGUGGACCUUGGGUGGCAGCAGCACCAAGGAACUGGACUACAGCCAGAGCAAUGGCAAUGAAGCCCAUGUUGCUGGGGACCAAGGCCUGGACGCUCAAGCUGACCCGGUAUGUGCCUGUUGGGUUUGAGAGCAGCAGAGCUAAUAUUGCCUGGUUGUACCAGACUGAAUUCUGUGCUCACAUUAUUUGAAAAGUGAAAUAAUGGUGAGUGCAGUGGUCAGUCUGGUUUAACCAGACUAGAGCUAAUAGCCUUCAGGGAUGCUCUGUUAGUACCUUGAUAAAUAAGGCCCAUGUGGUGUAGAAGUGCUUAGUUUAUAGGAAUUGCACAUCUUAAUAAAGCCUUUUCUUGUUGUCCAGGGAAUGCAGCUGAGCUCGAUGAAGGGUGACUUGCUCGCCGUGGAUUACGAGUCCAGCGAGGGAGAUGAGGAGAUGGAGGAGGAAGAUGAGGUGGAGAGGGUGGUAGUUGCUGACACAAGCAAGAAAAUGUGAGAUCCUUAGAUUAUUACAUGUGUCAGAAAAUACGAAGCAUGGCUGAGGAAUGGAUAAUAUGAAUGUGACGUUGUGCCCUGUUGCACCUGUCUAAGUAUCCUUUUUACUAUUAUUUUUUUAGCCCCAAAAAGGGUGCUUUUGGGGGGAUGUUUGGGAUGCUCAAGGGCCUGGUGGGUUCCAAGAGUCUGAGCCAGGAGGACAUGGAGCCAGUGCUGGACAAGAUGAGGGACCACCUCAUCGGUAUGGAGUCCUCUGUUCCCCCACUACACUAUCAGUUCCUUAACACAUACACUCCCCUACGUAUUUAUUUGGACAGUGAAGCUAAAACUUUUAAUUUGGCUCUAUACUCCAGCAUUUUGGAUUUGAGAUACAAUGUUUCAUAUCAGGUGACAGUACAGAAUGUCACCUUUUUAUUUUGGGGUAUUUUCAUAUCUGUUUUACCGUUUAGAAAUGAAAGCAUUAUGUAUCUAGUCCCUCCAUUUUGAAGGUGUCAUAAGUAUUUGGACAAAUUCACUUGUGGGGUAGUCAAAAGUUUAGUAUUGGUUCCAUAUUCCUAGCAUGCAAUGACUACAUCAAGCUUGUGACUACAAACUUGUUGGAUGCAUUUGAAGUUUGUUUUGGUUGUGUACAGAUUAUGUUGUGCCCAGUAGAAAUGAAUGGUAAAUAAUGUCGUCAUUUUGGAGUCACUUAUGGUGAAUAGAAUAUGUUCCUGAACACUUAUACAUUAGAUAAUCCUGAAUUAAUUGUGAAUAAUGAUGAGUGAGAAAGUUAGAGGGAUAAUAUCCCCCCCCCCCCCCCCCCCCCCCCCCCCCCCCCCCCACACACACACACACACACACAAAAUGCUAACCUCCCCUGUUAUUGGUAAUGGUGAGAGGUUAGCAUCCCUUGGGAGUAGGAUCUUUGUGACUAACUUUCUCACUCAUCAUUAUUAAUGAUUAGUUCAUGGUAGCAUCCACAUGUACUUUAAAUGGGGGGACUACAUACAUAACGUGCUUCUCAUUUCGAAACAGUUAAACAGAUACGUAUGAAAAUACCCUCAAAUAAAAGGUGACAUUCUGUACUGUCGCCUCAUAUGAAACAUUUGACCUCAAAUCCAAAAUUCUAGAGUAUAAAGACAAAUGUUUUAUCUUCACUGUCCAAAUAAAUACAUAAGGGAGUGUACAUAACUAGCUGACCUUGAUUUGUUCAUGUCCUAGUUCACCUGAGGGAAAAGCUUCAGUCUACUUGUAUUCAUAGAAUUUUGUCAUCUAUUUUUCUUUGCAGCUAAGAAUGUAGCAGCCGAAAUUGCCUCCCAACUCUGUGACUCUGUAGCCAAGAAACUGGAGGGUAAAGUCAUGGGUACCUUCACCAGUGAGUACAACUGUCUUCCACCCAGCCAGUCAGAAUAGAAUAAGUCCACAAUAGAAUGAGUUCAACUGUGGAGAGAUUGAAGUGAACUAGAUAGACUUCUCUCUCCCAAAGAGAUGCAAAGACGCUGCACAACAGUUGAGAGUAUACCUCUUGCUCUUAUAAAGCCCCCCUCUCCCUCUAGCUGUGGCCUCAACAGUAAAAGGGGCCCUGCAGGACUCCCUGGUCCAGAUCCUACAGCCCAAGCGGCGUGUGGACAUCCUGAGAGACGUCCUGGAGGCUCGGAGCCAGCGCAGGCCCUUCGUCAUCACCUUCUGUGGGGUCAACGGGGUCGGCAAGUCCACCAACCUGGCCAAGGUGAGAUCUACCAGUGACAGUGUUUUUAUUGUGUGUUUUUUUUUCUGUUAAUCCGACAUAUUGAAAACAUUGGUAUUGCUGGGGAUUCCAAACCUGGGUUGCAUCCAUUUAACCAAACCAGGUCCAGGUUGGAACUUUCAAGCCAAACCAUGACCUAGAUAAAUAGGCCACUGAUAACCUAGGAAGCCCCCAUUCAGAGCACAGAAAAAUCAGCAGGGAAAAUCUAUUUUUAUUUGCUGAAACCCUCAAUCCUCUGUGUGCAGAUCUCCUUCUGGCUGAUCGAGAACGGUUUCACCGUGCUGAUAGCAGCCUGUGACACAUUCCGUGCGGGGGCCGUAGAGCAGCUGCGUACCCACCAGCGCCGCCUUAACUCCCUGCACCCCCCUCAGGAUCACGGGGGACGGCCCGUAGUGCAGCUUUAUGAGAAGGGCUACGGAAAGGACGCCGCCGGCAUCGCCAUGGAGGCUAUCGCCUAUGGUAACCAUACCAUGCCCCAGCCUGCCAUUCAUAGAUUAUACAUUUUAGCCCCAUAGUAUGCCAUAGCUCUUAUGUCUGUCCUCAAUUAAAUGUAUGGUGAUAUGUAGGAGGGGUUCACGAAUGUGUCUUAAUGUACCACAUAUAAACUGAGUAUACGGACCAAGUCAGACGUCCAUUCAACCAAGUGAAGAAAUCCUCCCUUGUCUCCCCCUCUGUCUCUCGGUCCAGCCCGUAACCAGGCCUUUGAUGUGGUGCUGGUGGACACUGCUGGGCGGAUGCAGGACAACACCCCCCUGAUGACGGCCCUGGCCAAGCUGAUAGCUGUCAACAUGCCUGACCUGGUGCUGUUUGUGGGGGAGGCUCUAGUGGGCAACGAGGCUGUGGACCAGCUGGUGAGAGUCCUUUUAGAACAUGUUAUAUUUUAACACCCUACUGUUUAAUCUGCCUCUGAAACGCAGAUCCCUAGAAGGUAAAAAACUGACUAACUGUCAAAUUAAUUCACAUGCAUUUUGGAUACUCUUCAGAUUAUUUUGGAUUAUGUUAUAGCUUCAGGUUUUUAUGGAUCAAAAAGGGGCCCCCAUCUUGGCGGUAGAAUUUCUAAGCCAAUUUCCUGCAAUUUUAGAAAAUUGAGAAAUGUUUUGUUCUUUUAAAGCGAAUUUCCUGUAAUUCUACCAUGGAGCUGAGAGAACUUAUCAGUUCUAAAGCUAGUUUCCUGCAAUUCUAAGCAUUUUGCCAUGGCUAAUGCUGUGUUUUGCUAAUACGAGAACAAAAUGAAUAGUGGUAAAUUCUGCAAAAUGUUCAAUUCACCCUGACUGUCUAGCUUUUAUUUGGGUUAUUGUUACUUCUCAAAGAUAUUAUUAAAAAAUGUAUAGGCCCAUUUAUCUUUUCAACAUACUUUCUGUUUUUUGUCAUUUAAGUUUACACUGAAAGUGUUUCUCCAUCCCGAAAAUAGAUUGCUUUUUUUACACUGUUUGGAUUUAGGUGACCUGAAACGCUUAAGCGGCCCACCCAAGGAUUAAAAUGGCAGAAAAAUCUGUGCGCUUUUGCUGUACUUACAACCCUAGAAAGUUGAAAUGGGCUAUGCUAUCGGAUUAUAAAUGGUGUAUUUUCAAUAUUGACGUGCAAAGGGCACAUUUUACAUUUCAGUCAUUUGGCAGACACUCAGAUUUUUCACCUAGUAGGCUCAUGGAUUUGAACCAGCAACCUUUCGGUUACUGACCCACUCUGCUUAAUGGCUAGGCUACCUGCGCCUACUGUAACUGUUUGUUGAUUUGCAUAGCUGUCUCAUGUUGCACUCCACACUGUAUAACGAGUGCGAUAAUUUACUUUCAGGUGAAAUUUAACCAGGCGCUGGCUGAUCACUCCAUGUCUGAUAAGCCUCGUCUCAUCGAUGGGAUCGUUCUCACCAAGUUUGACACCAUUGAUGACAAGGUUCGUAUGUCAUUAAAUAAAAUACGUUUCCUGAUCUUAUCUCUGAUAUAGGAUAGACACUUCAGAAGAAACAUUUUUAUAUUUUGUUGGGACUAUCUGUUGUUCCAUGUAGUGAGUCUGUUAUUCAAUCUGUUUGUAUGGGCUAAUAGCAGUAAGGCCCCAACAUUUCUUUCAUCAAAUAUAUACACUACCGGUCAAAAGUUUUAGAACACCUACUCAUUCAAGGGUUUUUAUUUUUUACUAUUUUCUACAUUGUAGAAUAAUAGUGAAGACAUCUAAACUAUGAAAUAACAGAUGGAAUCAUGUAGUAACCAAAAAAGUAUUAAACACAUCAAAAUAUUUUAUGAGAUUCUUCAAAUAGCCACCCUUUGCCUUGAUGACAGCUUUGCACACACUUCGCAUUCUCUCAACCAGCUUUGCCUGGAAUACUUUUCCAACAGUCUUGAAGGAGUUCCCACAUAUGCUGAGCACUUGUUGGCUGCUUUUCCUUUACUCUACGGUCCAGCUCAUCUCAAACCAUCUCAAUUUGGUUGAGGUCGGGGGAUUGUGGAGGCCAGGUCAUCUAUGCAGCACUCAUCACUCUGCUUCUUGAUAAAAUAGCCCUUACACAGCCUGGAGGUGUGUUGGGUCAUUGUCCUGUUGAAAAACAAAUGAUAGUCCUACUAAGCCCAAACCAGAUGGGAUGGCAUAUUGCUGCAGAAUGCUGUGGUAGCCAUGCUGGUUAAGUGUGCCUUGAAUAAUAAAUAAAUCAUAGUGUCACCAGCAAAGCACCCCCACACCAUAACACCACCCCCUCCAUGCGUUACGGUGGGAAAUACACAUGCGGAGAUCAUCCGUUCACCCACACCGCGUCUCACAAAGACAUGGCAGUUGGAACCAAAAAUCUCAAAUUUGGACUCAUCAGACCAAAGGACAGAUUUCCACCGGUCUAAUGUAUAUUGCGCGUGUUUCUUGGCCCAAGCAAGUCUCUUCUUCUUAUUGGUGUCCUUUAGUAGUGGUUUCUUUGCAGCAAUUUGACCAUGAAGGCCUGAUUCACAUAGUAUCCUCUGAACAGUUGAUGUUGAGAUGUGUCUGUUACUUGAACUCUGAAGCAUUUAUGUUGGCUGCAAUUUCUGAGGCUGGUAACUCUAAUGAACUUAUCCUCUGCAGUAGAGGUAACUCUGGGUCUUCCAUUCCUGUGGCGGUCCUCAUGAGAGCCAGUUUCAUCAUAGCGCUUGAUGGUUUUUGCGACUGCACUUGACGUUCUUGAAAUGUUCCGUAUUGACUGACCUUCAUGUCUUAAAGUAAUGAUGGCCUGUUGUUUCUCUUUGCUUAUUUGAGCUGUUCUUGCCAUAAUAUGGACUUGGUCUUUUACCAAAUAGGGCUAUCUUCUGUAUACCCCCCCCCACCUUGUCACAACACAACUGAUUGGCUCAAACGCAUUAAGAAAUUCCACAAAUUAACUUUUUAAGAACGCACACCUGUUAAUUGAAAUGCAUUCCAGGUGACUACCUCAUGAAGCUAGUUGAGAGAAUGCCAAGAGUGUGCAAAGCUGUCAAAGGCAAAGGGUGGCUAUUUGAAGAAUCUCAAAUAUAAAAUAUUUUGAUUUGUUAAACACUUUUGUGGAUACUACGUGAUUCCAUGUGUUUAUUUAAUAGUUUGUCUUCACUAUUAUUCUACAAUGUAGAAAAUAAUAAAAAAUAAAGAAAAACCCUUGAAUGAGUAGAUGUUCUAAAACUUUUGACCGGUAGUGUAUAUUUAUAUUUCAAGGGGUCUUACAAUUCAAAACCAAAUGGCAAAAUUAUCCUUGGUAUGACCAUCUUAAAACAAUUCCAUAUAGCUUAGUAGAACCCUCCACCCCCCUCUCGGUUUAACAGAAGUCACUGUAAACAAAAUGUGAAAGUUAUGACAAUGAUUUAUUGAUGGGAAGUCAAAGCUUUUUAAAUGCUGUUUAUGACGUCCUCUGUCAGAACAGUAGUCUCUGUGGUUGCAAAGCUGACGUCACUCCUCCCCUCAGGUUGGCGCUGCAAUCUCAAUGACCUACAUCACAGGGCAGCCCAUUGUGUUUGUGGGCACGGGGCAGACCUACAACGACCUGCGGAGCCUCAACGCCCGCGCUGUGGUGGGUGCCCUCAUGAAGGCCUGAGUGGCUGCUGCCCGCAUCUGUGUUCACCACCAUCAUGACAAAGCCAACCAAACACCGCGCUUUGAUGUCCGGUCGUGCUAACCCUGUGCUGCGGUUCACAUCCUAACUACGAGAUAGUACCAAACGCAAAACUCACAAGCUUCCUCCCAGCGCCGUCCGGGAAAGGGGCGUUGACUUUUAAGCAAGAUUUGGAAAGUGAGAAAUUGUACUAAGAAAGCCUCUUGCAUCAUCUGUAAACGGUUGGGCCAAAUUCAAAAGUACCUCAAUUUUGUUUAGCUUUAAAAUGAUGUGGUGAAGUUCUACAAGAGACACAUUUCCUGACUUUAUCUGAUCAAAUAGAGAAUAUUUGUCCUCACUCACAGGUUACUCAGAUUUGUCAAAUUCACUUCCUGGCAUAGUGUCUGUUUUCCCCUGUCACUUCAACAAGAAAAUGUCAGGUAUGAAUUCUUGCUGGAUGCGACAUUUCAGCAGCCACCUGUCCCCGAGGAAAGCUUAGUGACCAUAGUGCCUAUCCCGUCUCCCUGAAGCAUCACCAUUGCACAGGUGACCGUCUGUCUGCUGAGAACUUCAUCAAUAAGCCUGUACUACACCCAGUAACUAUCUUCUCUGUUUGUCUCCGGAUGGACUGCUAGUUGAAUGAACCUUCAGUUUGUGGUGGAGGUGAAGAGAGAACUUGAGUUAUUAAAUUUUGGGGGGUUAAGUCUUCAAGGAUCUACACCUUAGUCUCUGGAGAACUGGAGCACUAGCAGGCCUGAUUUAGCUUUUCUUUAGAUUUCUUCCCCUUUGUCAUUUUGAAAACAAAAAUACAAGUCUUACAUUUUUCCAGUCCCUUUAAUUUGCAAUAGUGCAAUGAGAAUCGAGAGUUAUAUAGAUUUGUCAAUUUAUGAGAAUGUAAAAAUUUCUAAAUAAAGCUGCUAUGAUAGCCUGUAAUAGCUUACGUACUUUUAUACGUUUUCCAAUUCCAACCUUGGAACAUAAAUGCUGAUAGUGUGGUCUGGAUAACAAUGGCAAAAUGUCAGUUGUCAUCUCUUGGCAACACGGAAAAGUAUUGCGGCGACUGGUGUACAGGGCAUUCGGGAACUAUUCAGACCCCUUCGCC